CAGUGGCACAGCCCUCCAUCUGAACCAGCAAUACCACAAUCACAGAACAUAAGGACCCUGCCGUCCUGACCUGCCUCUCAAAUGACGCUGGGAUCUCCAUAUGCUGGUUCUUCAAUGGCUAGAGUCUACUGCUCACAGAGAGGAUGAAGCUGUCCCUGGACAACAGCAACCUCUCCAUAGACUCCGUCAGGAGGGAGGAUGCUGGGGAUUAUCAGUGUGAGGUCUCCAACCAGGGCAAUUCCAGCAGAAGUGACCCCCUCAGGCUGGAUGUGAAAUUGCUGGCUCCCUUCCCAAGACCACAGGAAGCAGCAGAAAAUCAGCACCCAUCUCUUGGCCAAUUCAAAGAUUCCCAUAAAUCACAUGGUCCAGUUACCUAAUGAGACCAGCGUCACUUGGCCGUUCUCACCCUCUAGUGGGAACACUGGCCUGGGAGUAAGGCUCAGACCCCCAAGCCACGUACCACGCACAGCCUGAGCCACUCCAAGAACUCGGGACCCUCUCACUGGGAACCUUCCACACACUCUUCAAGCAACGCACAGCAGCACCAACAGUUGAAAUGAAAGUUCUAAUCUCUUCCCUCCUUCUGUUGCUGCCACUAAUGCUGGGGUCCACGGUCUGCAGCAGCUCAAAUACAGGGAUUGCCAGAGGCCAUAGGGACCAACGCCAGGCUUCUGGGAGGUGGCUCCAGGACGGAGGCCAAGAAUGUGAGUGCAAAGAUUGGUUCCUGAGAGCCCCUAAAAGAAAACUCAUGGCAGUGCCCAGGCUGCCAAAGAAGCCGUGUCCCUGUGAUCAUUUCAAGGGCAGAGUGAAGAAAACCAGGCACCAAAGACACCACAAGAAGCCAACCAAACCCUCCAGAGCCUGCCAGCAAUUUCUCAGACGAUGUCAGCUGGCAAAUUUUGCUCUGCCCUUAUAGGAGCUCUGAGAGCCCACCGUCCCGAUAAAACAUUCUGUCAACAAGGCAGUGAGCGCACCUAGAAGAUGCUCUUCUCCCACCUCAAGCUCCCCAUCCCUGUCCCUACUCCCUAAAUCAUCCCAAAAAGCAUGUUCCCCAAGAUUAUUGCCCCCUCUAGUGGCUUCUUGUCAGUCUUUUCCUGGGGCCUCCCCUUACCCAGGCUUAAAUUUACUUACCGGGAAUCUCUGGUUGCCUAGCUGGUCCCACUGGGUCU